AACAAGCAUCAGAGCUCGGUGUCACAAAACCUGACCGAUGGCGGCCCGGUGCUCCACAGCUGCCUCCGUGGUCAGAACAGGAUCGCGAGACCUCUCCCCCUCCUUUUCCUUCACAGCCGCGGCGCUCCCCUCGGCGCGUCUGAGGCCGGUAGGAGCGUGGGUCCGCGGUGGAGGGUACACCUGCAGGCUCCGCGCCGUCUGCGCCAUGGGCUCCGCGCCGUCGUCGUCCCAAUCCCCGUCGCCGCACACGCCUUCAGGACAAACCCAAGGGAAAGCAGAUUAUAAAUCACUGAGUGAAGAGGAGUGGAAGAAGCGCCUGACUGAAGAGCAGUAUUAUGUUACUCGGCAGAAGGGCACUGAAAGAGCAUUCACUGGGGAAUACUGGAAUACUAAAACCCCAGGCAUUUAUCAGUGUGUCUGCUGCGACACCCCUCUGUUUCAGUCAUCAACCAAAUUUGAUAGUGGUACUGGGUGGCCAUCCUAUUAUAAACCAAUUGGUGAAAAUGUCAAGAGCAAGCUUGAUAUGUCAAUCAUUUUUAUGCCCCGGACCGAGGUGCUCUGUGCAACCUGUGAUGCUCAUCUGGGGCAUGUCUUCGAUGACGGGCCACCACCAACAGGGAAGAGAUACUGUAUCAAUAGUGCAUCUCUGAAAUUGAAGCCCCAAUAGUUGCUGGAUACUUUAGCAAGAAGUCAACUAUAACGCUGGUCCGCCCUAUGUAAACUUCGGGGUUAUGUAUAUAAACUACUCGAGUUGUAGCAUAUUUAUUAUUCUCUUUGUUAUGUAAUAUAUGUGUUCACAAACCGAUGAAAGUAUGAAACAAACAGCCGCUACUUCACUCUGGUAUUCUGGUCUAGAAUUAAGGUGUUGUUUGGUUGACGAAUUGUAACGUAAAUGGCAACGGUAAUGGUUUGCACUCGAGUGACAGUUGACAACGGUAAUAAAUUUAAAUAGAUCUUUA